AUGCCCUCAUUCCUGGUGCCUCUCAUUUCUUCUCCAGUCCUGCUGAAGCUGCUCCUUAGCCCAGGCCCUAUACAGCAGCCAGCACUGUUUCCAGAGGCAACAGCAUUUGAAGAUAUGACCAAAGAUUGGAAUUAUUUAGAAGCCUCUCAAAAAGAUUAUUACAGGGACACAAUGCUGGACAGUUAUGAGAACAUGGUCCCACAGGGAUCCUUCUUAGAGUUCUCCAUGAUGCCUCAGAGAGCUGGAAAUGAUCCACCUGGGGCUUCAAAUGCAAGUGAAAUGGAAAUGGAGAUGAGUAACAUGAGAGAAAAGUUUCUUAUGAGUGUAACAAAGUUAGUAGAAAGCAAAAGUUACAACAGCAAGGUAUUUUCCAGAGAAAAGUACUUUCAAACAAUAAAGGAAGUUAAAGAAGCUAAAGAAAAAGGGAAGAAGUCCUCACGUGAUUAUCGCCGUGCAGCAAAAUACGAAGUGAUCUCUGUACAGGGCACAGAGAAACUGAUAGAGGCUACUCAUGGAGAACGAGAUCGAAUACGGUAUUAUGUGCAUAAAGAAGAACUGUUUGAUAUUCUGCAUGACACACAUCUCAGAAUUGGACAUGGUGGGCGGACACGCAUGCUCAAGGAGCUGCAGGGAAAAUAUGGGAAUGUCACCAAAGAAGUUAUUGUCUUAUAUCUGACUCUGUGUAAACAGUGCCACCAGAAGAACCCAGUACCCAAGAGAGGCCUUGCACCCAAGCCCCUGACUUUUAAGGACAUAGACUCCACAUGCCAAGUUGAAAUACUUGACAUGCAGUCAAGUGCCGAUGGUGAGUUCAAGUUCAUUUUAUACUACCAGGACCACUUGACCAAGUUUAUUAUUUUACGGCCAUUAAAAAGCAAGCAGACCCAUGAGGUGGUCAGUGUCUUGUUAGAUAUUUUCACAAUUCUUGGUACACCCAGUGUGUUAGACUCCGACAGUGGCAUUGAGUUCACAAACCAGGUUGUUCGUGAGCUCAGUGAGUUGUGGCCGGACCUAAGGAUUGUGUCUGGUAAGCACUACCCUGGCCAUGCCCAGGGCUCCCUGGAAGGAGCAAGCCGUGAUAUAAAGAACAUGAUAAGUGCCUGGAUGCAGAGUAACUACUCAUGUCACUGGGCCAAAGGUCUCCGAUUCGUGCAGAUGGUGAGGAAUCAGGCUUUCGACGUUUCCUUGCAGCAAAGUCCAUUUGAGGCAAUGUUUGGUUGUAAAGCCAAAUUUGGGCUAUAUUCCUCAAACUUGCCUCGGGAAACUGUGGCUACUUUACAAACAGAAGAAGAGCUAGAAAUUGCUGAAGAACAGCUAGAAAAUAGCCUUUGGAUCAGGCAGGAAGAAAGGGCUGAGAUUGGAGCUGACAGAUCUGAUAUGGAUGAUGACAUUGAUCCCAAUCCUGAAGCUACAGAACCCAGCACCUCGCAAGGGGCUUCCGGCCUCCUCUGCUGGUGAACAGAUGCCUGCUGGGGGGACCGUCACAUACAGGUGUGUGUCUGAGCAUUAGAGUCAUCUGAGAACUGUUGCCAGAGGCUCCAGGGGAAAGGAUUGAAGGCCCCACUCUCAGGUCAAGUUGUACAUAGUAGUCCUUGCUCAAAAAGGGAAAACUUGAUUGGGUCUGUGUAUUUAUUCUUAGGGCUGCCAUAAAAAAUUACCACAGCCUGGCCGACACGUGGCUCAACCUAUAAUCCCCACACUUUGGGAGGCCAAGUCGGGCAGAUCACUUGAGGUCAGGAGUUCAAGACUAGCCUGGCCAACAUGGUGAAACCCUGUAUCUACUAAAAAUACAGAACUUAGGCCGGGUGCGGUGGCUCACGCCUAUAAUCCCAGCACUUUGGGAGGCUGAGGCGGUGGAUCACGAAGUCAAGAGAUCGAGACCAUCCUGGUCAACAUGGUGAAAUGCCGUUCUCUACUAAAAAUACAAAAAUUAGCUGGGCAUGGUGGCGCACACCUGUAGUCCCAGCUACUUGGGAGGCUGAGGCAGGAGAAUUGCUUGAACCCAGGAGGCAGAGGUUGCGGUGAGCCGAGAUUGUGCCAUUGCACUCCAGCCUGGGUAACGAGCAAAACUCCAUCUAAAAAAAAAAAAAAACAAAAAAAACUAGGUUUCAGUGAGCCGAGACUGUGCCACUGCACUCCAACCUUGGUGACAGAGCAAGACUCUGUCUCAAAAAAAUAAAAAUAAAAAAUUACCACCACCUGGGUGACUUAACAGAAAUUGAGUCUCACAGUUCUGGAGGCUGGAAGUCUGAAGUUAAGGUAUCAGUAAGGUUGGUUCCUCCUGGAGGCUCUGGGGGAGAAUCCAUUCCAUGCGUUUGUCCUUUCUCCGGUGGACACGGCAGUCCUUGGUGUUACUUGGCUUAUGACAGUGUAAGUCCAGUCCCUGCUUCUAUCUUCGUGUGGCCCUCUCCCCUGUGUCCAUGUGUAUUAUUUUCUGUCUCUUGUAAAGACAUCAUCGGACACCAAAUCUGUGUCAAUGGAUUUAGGGCCCACUCUAAUGAGGAUGAUCUCAUCUCAAGAUCCUUACCUUAUUUAGAUCAGCACAUACUCCUUUUCCAAAUAAGGUCACAUUCACAGGUACUAGAAACUUGAACUUGGACUUAUCUUUUUAAGAGACACAGUUCUGGUCAGGCAUGGUGGCUCACACCUGUAAUCCCAGCUACUUGGGAGGCUGAGGCAGGAGAAUCACUUGAACCCAGGAGGUGGAAGUCGCAGUGAGCUGAGACCCUGCCGUUGCAUUCCAGCCUGGGCAACAGAGCAAGACUCCGUCUCAAAAAAAAAAAGAGACACAGUUCUACUCAUUAUAGUCAACAGAAGAAAAUGUCUGCAAAUAAGAGCUGAUGGGGCCUCAAGAAUGUAAAGCUGGUGGGGCUGCCCUAAAUAUAUCUGACACGUAUUCCUGCCCAUCAGACACAUACCCUAAAACAUGAGGCAUCACAGGAAAAUAAAUAGAUGAAGGAAGGCUGGGCACAGUGCCUCAUGCCUGUAAAGCCAACACUUUGGGAGGCUUAAGCAGCCGAUCACUUGAGGCCAGGAGUUCGAGACCAGCCUGGCCAACAUGGUAAAAUCCUCUCUCUACAAAAAUACAAAAAAUUAGCCUGGCAUGGUGGCACGGACCUGUAAUCCUAGCUACUCAGGAGGCUGAGGUGGGAGGAUCCCUUGAACCCCGGAGGUGGAGGUUACAGUGAGCCAAGAUCACACCACUGUACUCCAGCCUGGACAACAGAGCAAGGCUCUGUCUCAGAACAAAAACGAAGUAAAUGGAGGAAAAGUAAUGAGAAGAAAAGCAGUUCAUCCAAGAUGCCCUAGAGACUGGCCACCUCACCAACUGGGCUGUUUCCUGCUUCAGGAGAAGUAUGUACCAUCCCUGCUCGCAGUGUACUACACAGAGAACUGUGUGACUGCAUAAAACAUAUAUUAAAAUUAGGUCAGAAUUAAGGUAUGGCUGGAAUUUGUGUAUGAGUCUGCCACUUAUCUGUGUCUCAAGCACUUAAAAACAUAUCCUGUUCCUGGCACAGGUCAGUGCCUUGCAGGAAGUGACCAAUAGGGAAACAGUCGAGGUUUCUAGAACAAAAUGCAAGAGUUGGGCUGAGAUCACUGCUCUACCUAGAGAGGAGUAGGGCAAGGCCAGUCUGGAUCAUGGUUCAGAGCAAGGAUGACUGACCAGCCACAGGGGAGGACAGUGCCCAGGACCUGUGUAUGCCUACGUUCCCAAUGCCUCAGAUGGAGUGCCUAGCCCAUUGAAGGCCCUCAGUGAAUUUAAUGAGUAAAUGAUUCUACACAAAUGGGCAUGGGGAAGAAGAAAGGGCCUGCAAUAUUUUAUUCUUUAUAAGGUGUCCUUCCUGCACAUUCCAGAGCCAUCUAAAACCCAUUCUGAUUGUCACUAGUGCCAGUUCCCUCUUCUGUAAGGGGCAGUAACAUUCCUGAUGCUGCCUACCUCACAGGAUUGUCCCGAGAGACCAGCGAGAUUCUGCAUGUGAAGGGGCUUUCUCUAUGAAUAGUGAAGUUCUACAAUGUGACUCAUCUUGGCUGCAAGCAGAUCCUGUUCUCCGCAUAAGUGUGGGAGACCUCUUCAUUACCAUUUCUUUUCAGAUUCAGCAGUGUUAAGUUGGAAUGUAUUCAGUGAAGCUGCAUGAUGAUCACAUAGGAAGUGACAUCACUUUCCAGCUUGUUUUGGGGGGCCAAAAUCUUGCUCUGUUCUUGGCCAGCACCCCAGUUUCCAUCCUCCUUCCAACCCAUUGGCUUUGUAAUUCAGUCUAGCAGGUUUAGGAAGCCCAACUUUGACUGAGGAUGUUACCUUCCCCUCCCCAAUGCUGAUCUUCUUCCUCCUAGUUACUUGGCAAACCAGGAACCACAUCAUCAACUCAUGUGGGUAAAAGGUGACAUGAGACAUAACACUGCUUUCUUUCCCAGAGAUGCCUGCAAAUAACCUGGGUUUCCAGGAGCUGCCACAUCACCCUUCCUCUUUUGCUUCUUAAUAUUGGCAGUGGGAAAGACAGGAUUUCUGGGCCCAGUCUGGCCUGCAUUAUCAUAUUUCAGCAUCUGGAAUAGAGAUCACCAACCAGUGUGCCACAGCUAGUCUCAGCUUGCAAAUAUAUUUUGUCCAUAUGUUUAAAUUUUUUUUUUGAGACAGUUUCACUCUUGUCGCCCAGGCUGGAGUGCAAUGGCAUAAUCUUGGCUCACUGCAGUCUCCGCCUCCCGGGUUCAAGUGAUUGCACUUACCUCACCCUCCCAAGUAGCUGGGAUUACAGGUGCCUGCCACCAUGCCUGGCUAAUUUUUGUAUUUUUAUGGAGAUGGGGUUUUGCCAUGUUGGCCAGGUUGGUCUUGAACUCCUGACCUCAGGUGAUCCACCCACCUUGGCCUCCCAAAGUGCUGGGAUUACAGGCGUGAGCCACUGUGCCCAGCCUUUUAAAUUGUUUUUAAUUAAUUGCCAACACUUUAAACACUGGAGAUUUAAAUCUGGAUGUCUAACACCUCUUGAAAACUCGGCACAUGUGGCCACAGUGGGCCCACAAUUUCUGCAUGGCAGCAAAUGAGCCGUGGUGCCUGCGGCACUCUGCAGGUGGCCACCAUCAGCCACUCACAUACAUACGCAUUUCUGUGGCCCACUGCUAAAGAAAGGCCAGUGCAGGGUAUGGUGGCAUGCACCUGCAAUCCCAGCUACUUGGGAGGCUGAAGUGGGAGGAUCACUUGAACCUGGGAGGCUAAGGUUAAAGUGAGCUGUGAUUGUAUCACUGCAUUGCAGCCUGGGCAACCCUGUUUAAAAAAAAAAAAAAAAAAAAAGGCCAGCAACAGAAGUAUGUAUCUCUAGGAAUUUAUGAUAGAAGUGGCAUUUCAAUCAGUGGGAAGGGCUGUAUUAUUUAGUUAAUAGUGCUGGAUCCAUUUGACAAAAAUGGAGUCUGACCCUUAAACAUUAAUAUUUUUUAAACUGUAAUAAAAAUAUUGGGGAAAAAAGUUUUGUGAUCUUGGAAUGGAGAAAAUAUUAAUGUAUUUGGCUACAUAAAAAUAAAAACUGGUAUGGAAAAUAAUGCCAUUUAAAAGGAAAAUAGGGCCAGGAGGGGUGGCUCACGCCUGUAAUCCCAACAGUUUGGGAGGCCGAGGCGGGCAGAUCACGAGGUCAGGAGAUCAAGACCAUCCUAGCCAACAUGGUGAAACCCCGUCUCUACUAAAAUACAAAAAAUUAGCCAGGUGUGGUGGCGUGCACCUGUAGUUCCAGCUACUCGGGAGGCUGAGACCGGGGAAUAGCUUGAACCCAAGAGAUGGAGGUUGCAGUGAGCCACAAGGUUGCAGUGAACCAAGAUCAUGCCACUCUACUCCAGCCUGGCAACAGAGAGCAAGACUCCAUCUCAAAAAAAAAAAAGGAGUAAAUAGUCUGAGUGUGGUGGCUUAUGCCUAAUAUCCCAGCACUUUAGGAGGCCAAAGUGGCUGGAUCACCUGAGGUCAGGAGUUUGAGACCAACCUGGCCAAAAUGGCGAAACCCCAUCUCUACUAAAAAUACAAAAAUUAGCCAGGCAUAUUGGCGGGUGCCUGUAAUCCUAGUUACUUGGUAGGCUAAGGCACAAGAAUUGGUUGAAUCCAAGAGGCGGAGAUUGCAGUGAGCUGAGAUCAUGCCACUGCACUCCAGCUUGGGCAACAGAGUGAGACUCCCUCUCAAAAAAUUUUUUUUGUUUUCUAAGAAUCUGUUACGAUUCUCUUUCUCAUCCUUGGCUAUUUCUUCUAGUCUCAGUUUCAGCUGUGACUUUAUUGUGCAAGACUCCCUUAUGCCUCUUCCAGGCUCCAGUCUUCUGAAUACUUUGGGCUUCUCAGGGUCAAUAAUCUCCCCUAACAUAUUCUUCCUUCUGUUUUCCACUAGUUCUAUUAAUGGUCACCCAAGCCAGAAACCUCAGGGUCUCAUUCUCCCUCACUGCCGCUAGCCAAUUUGCUAAAACGUCAUCCCUACCAGUGGCAGAUUACAUUUUCUAAAUGUGUAUGCAACAGUAUAUCUGUAACACAUGUUCUUUUAGAACUUUGCACUUCCCUAUCAAGAGAUGGAGUUUUUAUCACCUCUACUUGAACCUAGGCAGAAAUUUGUUCUUUCCUUGACCAGUCUAGUACAAAAGAGUGAUAAUAUGUGGCUUCUGAGGCUGUCAUAAAAAUACCACCUCAUUCUCUUGGAAUGGUCACUCUUGAAACCCAGUCACCAUGUUCUGAGGAAGCCCAAGCAGCUUGUGGAGGCCCACAUGGAGAAGUGUCAAAGCCCUGGGCCCUCAUCCCUGGCUAAGCUCUUAACCAACAGACAGAACCAACAUGCCAACCAUGUGAGUGAGCCGUCUUAAAAGUAGACUUUCUGGCCGCAGUUCAUCUUCCAUUCAAUACUGUAUAGAACAGAGACAAGCCCUGGCCAAAUUGCAGAGUCAUGUGCACAAUAAAUGAAUGUUGUUGCUUCAAGCCACUAAGUUUAGAGGUGGUUUGUUAUGCAACAAUAUGUAACUGAUAGGCUAACUCUGAAAUGUCUUAAAUCUAUUGCCAUCUCUCCAUUCCCCCCAGGAUAAGCCCUUGUUACCUUGGUUGAUUGGAAGACAUCCCAUCUAGUGAAUCUUCCAGAAGUAAAGCUCUGCUCAGAAUAAUAGUUAACACUACUAAAUACUGAUUUACCUACAUUAUUAGUACUGAGCUUUAAAUUCAUUUUCUUAUUUAUUUCUUACAGCCCAACAAAGUUAGUUGAAGCUGAAGAAAUGAGUUUAAAUAAGUGUAUUAAGGACUUAAUUUUCCCCUCUUAUACAGAAAGAAAUGAAGCUCAGAAAAUAAUAACUAGCCCAGGGUUCAAACCUCAGUGUUAAGUCCAAGGUCUGUGCUUGUAACCACCUCCCCUGCUCAAGAAUCUUCAGUGGGUCAAGUGUGGUGGCUCAUGCCUGUAAUCCAAGCACUUUGGGAGGCUGAGGCAGAAGGACUCCUUGAGCCACAGGGUUCGAUACCAGCCUGGGUAACAUAGUGAGGCAUGGCAUUAAUUAGCUAGGCAUGGUAGCUCACACUGUAGUCCCAGCUACUUGGGUGACCGAGGUGGGAGGAUCUCUUCAGCUCAGGAGGUGGAGGCUGCAGUGAGCUAUGAUUGCACCACAGCACUUAAGGGAAAAAAAGAAUCCACAGGGGUUCCACAUUACCCACAGGGUAACAAUUUAAACCUGGCAUCCAUGUUGGAAUAUAAUAUGGUCCCAACUACCUUUGCAGCUUUGGAAUUGAGGCAUCAGGUCUAGGCACAUGAAUUUCCUGGUUGCACUUGUUUUUUGCGGGGUGGCAGCAAGAAACUCAGGCCAUUUGUUGGCUUCUCUAGGUACUGCCAGAGUCACUUAUUCUUUCUGGAACUUGGCUUCCUCAUGUAAAGUGGGAGACAAUUGAACCAACUCGUAUUAAAGUUCUCUUCCACUUCUGCUCUGUGUAGUGUGAAAACUGUCAUUUUGUACUUUUGUACUUCCUACCUCUUCUAGAACCCCAGCCCGAGCUUCCUGCCAGGGCACAUGUCCCCACUUCUGAGAUGGAGAGAAAAUGGGAGGCUUAGAGAUGAAUGCUUUUGUGAAUGUUCUCUAUUUACCACUGUCUCAGAACUAGCUUUGGCCUCCUAUUGUGGGAUAGAAUCUGCUUGUUUGCAGCUCUAGGGGUAGAAGGAACAUUUUCUUCUGACAUUUCUGAGAUCCUAUUACCAAUGGUUUUUUGAGACUAAGCAUUGGAAUGUCAUUAAUUAGUACUGAGAAGGAAGGGCAGCGAGGGAGGCAACUGAGAAGCUCAGACUUAAGAUCCUGCUUCCAAAUUAUUUUGCAUGCUUUCUGAAAAAAGCAUGGUCACGUUAGUGCAAACAGACCAUUAAAGUAUGGUUUGCCGAGGUUAGGUUCGAUCACUGCGUAAGCCAGUUACCUCUGCAGUUACUUUAACCUUCUUCAAUGUGGUGACUUUUGGUUGUUAAAUUUUAAGGGGAAAGGUUUUGUUUGUUUGUUUGUUUGUGAUUUACAGUUCUUCCGUUUGUUUUAUGAAAGUUUUACGGAAAUUGAUUUGAUACCUGAAAUACUCUGAAAUAUAAAAGAGCAAGAGUUAUGCCAGGACUCUUUCUCAAACAGUUGACUGAUGGCAAAAGAAGUCUGUCCCUGGAAUCUUCAGAAUUUUGUUCAGAAUUUUAUUCCUUUGAACUUAUUGAAUUUGAUUUCUUUUUUAGUUCCUGGUUCUCCUUAUUUUUAUCUUGGUGCUAAUCUUUGUUUACCCAGGUUCUGACACUUUUACCCUAGAAUUAAUUACCCCAGAUGGUUGACUCUACUGUGUUUUCCAAGCAAACAAAGUAGGCAGGAAAUGUAAGCUUCCUGAGCAAACUGCCCUUCCGCUUCACUAUGAGACUUUGCCUUUUAGAAUCAUAUUGAUCUUUGUCUACUUUUCUUAGUUACAGUUGAUUUAUGAUUAUUAUUUUGGUUUGGAUCUAGUUAGGGUUUCCCUUUUCCAUUUAAAAUUUGGUCCUGAUAUUUUGCUUUUUGCUUCCCCACAUCUCAAUUUGUUAAAUCUUAUUGUUCUGUUUAACCUGAACUGUUACAUCCUUUCUGUUGACUAGCUCCUUGCUCAGAAUAACUUUGCCACGCCUGGAAUUUUGGCAUAAGAGUUCUCUUUACAGUUAUGCACGUCGCACGACAUUGCGGGGUGGGUAUGUAGCAGAUGAGGGUUUGUGAGCCUUUCCUCUGGGUUUUGCACAAAUGGGUCACCCCUAACUUUGGCGAGUCAUUCAGUAGCCAGAUAUUUUCCUCUUUCCUCCUCCCCACUCGACCCCCACAGUUCAGUGUACUGUUCUUUGAAUGACAUCCCCUCUCUUUUUGCCUCUCUUUCUGAUGCAAUGGCAGGAAUCCUGGAAACGGUUGCCUUAAAUGUAGGGACCAUUAGGAUCUUUCUCAACUCAUAACCCAGGUCACCUGUAAUAAUACAGCUGCCUCCCAGUCCUGAAUAGGGUGUAGAGAGCCAUUCCAGACACCUGAAACUGCCAUCCUUCAUCUCUAGAUGCAGGGGCUCUCUGUAUCAGGAAGAGAGCCUCUCUGAAAUCCACUGUCAUUCUGGGUUUUCCUUGACCAGGUCUCCUUACCUACCCCAUUCUCUAGCCUGUCAGUUUCAUUCAUUGAUUAGACAUUUAUAAGCACCAAGUAUGUAACCAGGCGUCAUGCUGGCCUUUGGAGGUACCAACAAAUAAAGAGACUGCUAAAUGCAGAAAAAUGGGCACAGAGUAAAGAUUUGUAAGUCUAAAGGAGUGCUCAGUGAGAAGUCACGCAGGCUAAGUUUUGGAUCACUGCUGAACGUUCUCCAUGCUGCCUACUUUGUAUUAGAGGACUUCUGGCAAGGAAAAUGUAACCAGCAGGAUCCUCACUCAGAGACCUGGCAGACGCCACCUUAACUCAGUAAUCAAAGUUAACCUCCCCAGUGUACAUACAACUACUGCUGCUCCUGAUAGGAUGCACUGAGAACAUUUCUGUGACAUUUCUACCACUGAUGCACUACUCGAAGCUAAUUAAGAAGAGACAAUAUUGGAGACCAAGGCGGGCGGAUCACCUGAGGUUGGGAGUUAAAGACCAGCCUGACCAACAUGGUGAAACCCCGUCUUUAUUAAAAAAAAAAAAAAAAUUUAAAAAAAAAGAGACCAAAGACAAACCCCGAUUGAGGCGCAAUCUGCAAAAUAAUUGCCCGUACCCUUUAAAAAAUGGCAAUGUUGCCAGACAUGGUGGCUCACGCCUGUAAUCCCAGCACUUUGGGAGGCUGAGGCAGGCGGGUCACCUGUGGUCAGGAGUUUGAGACCAGCCUGACCAACAUAGAGAAACCCUGACUCUACUAAAAAUACAAAAUUAGCUAGGCGUGGUGGUGUGUGCCUGUAAUCCCAGCUAAUCCAGAGGCUGAGGUAGGAGAAUCUCUUAAACCCAGGAGGCCGAGGUUGCAGUAAGCCGAGAUCACGCCACUGCAAUCCAGCCUCGGCCACAAGAGCAAAACUCCAUCUCAAAAAAAAAAAGGCAAUGUUGAGAAAGACAAAGACCGAGGAGCUAUUCCAGUUAAAUAAAGUAGGCUAAAGACUUGGCAACUGAAAGCAGUGCCUGAUCCAGGAUCUUCUUUUAUUAUAAUGAGCAUCACUGGGACAGCUGGUAAAAUGUGAAUAUUGUCUGAAUAUUAUCAUAUCAAAGUUAAUUUCCUGAUCUUGAGGAUUGUAAUGUGGUUAUGUAAGAGAAUGUCCUUGUUUUAAGGAAAUAGACGUUGAAAUAUCUUGAGAUAAAAGAUCAUAAUGUUGGUGACUUAUUCUCAAAUAGUACAGGAAAGUGUGUGUGUGUGUCUGUGUGUGUCUGUGUGUGUGUGUCUAUGUGUGUGUGUGUCUCUGUGUGUGUGUCUGUGUGUGUGUGUGUCUCUGUGUGUGUGUCUCUGUGUGUGGUUCUCUGUGUGUGUAUCUGUGUGUGUGUCUGUGUGUGUGUGUCUAUGUGUGUGUGUCUGUGUGUGUGUCUGUGUGUGUGUGUCUAUGUGUGUGUGUCUGUGUGUGUGUGUGUGUCUGUGUGUGUGUGGAGAGAGAGAAGGGAGGGACAGAGAGAUAUGAAACAAAUGCAGUAAAAUGUUAACAUUUGGGGAAUCUGGAUGAAGAGUGGGAAUUCUUUGUACAAUUCUUGCAACUUUUCUCUAAGUCUACAAUUAUGUCCAAAAAAAGUUAGAAGAAUUGACAAGUUCCCACCAAAGAGGAGACAUAGCUUCCACCGUGGAAAUACAGGGCAAUAACCUGGCAGUUUGCUCUUUGGCCUGCAAAGGCAGUAUUCACGUGAGUGAGAGUCACUCACCCUCAAGUCUGGCAUUUGUUGUUGCAGACCCCAGAAGCUGCCUGAAAGCCUCCAGGCCUUGUGCAAUUUCCACUUCCCUUCACAGGUGUCUUCCCGGCACUCACUGGAAUAUGGUGUCUGACGAGUUUCUAAACAGGCACGGAACCAGAAUUCUCAGAAAUACCAAGGAGUUUCUUUUUUUUUUUUCAAGCCGGGGUUUCACCAUGUUGGUCAGGCUGGUCUUGAACACCUGACCUCAGGUGAUCUGCCUGCCUUGGCCUCCAAAGUGCUUGGAUUACAGGCAUGAGCCACCACACACCGCCCUAAAUACCAAGGAGUUUCUAUCACACUGACCAGGCUUCACCUGAAACAGUGGUCCCCUACUUUGUACAAUUCUUCCUUUCCCCUGGCUGCAAAAUAGGGAUUCCUGGCCUGUUUCUGCCAAAUGCUCUGUGGAAGCAGAAAAUCAUAAGCCUUGUGUUUUCUCCAUUGUAGAAAAUUAGGCCAGGUGCAGUGGCUCACGCCUGUAAUCCCAACACUUUGAGAGGCCGAGGCGAGUGGAUCACUUGAGGUCAGGAGUUUGAGACCAGCCUGGGCAACAGAGUGAGACUCUGUCUCUGUAAAAAAAAAAAAAAAAAAAAAUUAAUUUUUCCACUUACUUGGCACUUGGUUUUGGGGGUGCUUUUCUAUUGUUUGUUAAUGGACUUCAUUUUUUUUUUUUUUGAGACAAAGUUUCGUUCUUGUUGCCCAGGCUGGAGUGCAAUGGCGUGAUCUCUGCUCACUGCAACCUCCACCUCCAAGGUUCAAGCGAUUCUCCUGCCUCAGCAAGUCUGUACUGUACAUUAGGAUUCACUCUUUGUGCUGUGCAUUCUAUGGUAUUUGGGUCUCACUCUAUCGCUCAGGCCAAGUGCAGUGGCCCAGUCAUGGCUCACUUCAGCCUCAAACUCCUGAGCCUAAACCAUCCUUCCACCUCAGCCUGCCAAGUAACUGGGACUAUAGGUAUGUACCACCAUGCCUGGCUCAUUCUACGGGUUUUGAUAAAUGUAAAAUUACAUGUAGCUACCAUUAAAGUAUUAUACAGAAUAGUUUCACUGCCCUAAAAAUUCCCUGUACUCAGCUAGCUAUUCAUCCCUCCCUUCCCACUCCCCAAACUCCUGGAAACCACUGAUCUUUUUACUGUCUCUAUAGUUUUGACUUUUCCAAAAUGUUUUAAAGCUGGAAUGCUAUAGUAUGUUCCUUUUUCAGACUUUUUCUUAUGCUUAGCAAUGUGUAUUUAAGGUUCCUCCACAUCUUUUGUGACUUGAUAGUCCAUUUCUUUUUUGCACUGAGUAAUGUUCCAUUGUAUGGAUAUACCACAGUUUAUGCAUUCAUCUAUGGAAGGAUAUCUUGCUUGCUCCUAAUUUUUGGCAAUUAUGAAUAAAGCUGCUAUAAACAUU